UAAACCCCAUUUAUUGCCUUGCCCUCCCCCCUAAGAGCACCGCGCCACGCUACGCUCUGCCUCGCCUGUUUCUUCUCUACAUCUUGCAACUAUGCGCUCCGCAGGCUCUGUCGAUUCUGCCCACUCCCCCGGCGCCGGCUCUGCUGAUUCUGCCCGCCCCGCCAACACGCAGCUCGCCGAGGGCGACCUGGAGUACGAGUACGUGUCCGAGGAGUACUACGUUGUCGCGACUCUGCCUCCAAACACGCUCGCCAAGGCGCGCGACACCGCGAGCCACAACUUGGAGGCGCUCAGCAGACGCCGCAAGAAGGGCAAGGCUCCCGAGAACGAAGCCGAGGAGCACGAACAGAAGGAGGAGGAGGAGGAGGAGGCCCUGGUGGAGGACAACGCCGAUGCCGAAAACAAGGACGUGUGCAUCCGCAACAGCCUGUUUGGCAAAACCCGCCGCCGUGGCGCCAGGAGCAAGGCCCCGCAGUACGCCAUCAUUGAUGUGGACACCGAGCGGCCGAUGCUCGAGAUCGAGGGCGACAUCUUUCUCGGCUCCCAGGACGAGCUGCUGGGCACCCACCUGCUGUUUGACAUUGAUGCCGAGAACGACGACGGCACCGAGAGGACGAAGGCGGAUCUUGUUGGAGCCACAUCAAGGACCAUCGUCUUCCAGCCCGCAAAGAUCACAAAAAACCCCACGCACAAGCUGCCGCCACACUUGAUUUAAAAAUAUUUAAAAAUACAUAUAUAUAUUUCUGAAGAUAGAAGAUAGAAAAAGGAAGGAAAAAAAAGAAUAAGCG